ACUCAUACCAUGGUUUUUCUGGAAUUCAAGACCUCCAAAAGAAUUCCUGGAAAAAGACAUCCAAAUGACGGUGCUCAGGAACACCCACCGCAGCCAAAUGAUAAGCAGGAGAUGCAUCACCAUGUCUUCAAAUCCCGCAUAAGUCCUGAUUAUUGUAUUUCCCUUCGCGAUUUAGCUUGGCAAGGAAGACGCCUUUUCAUCGGAAGGGUUUGAAUUUUGGCCCAGACGGCCCCGCGACAAACCCAGCAAAUUGUCUUUCCCUUUUUUCGCUUUUUUUCUAAAUAAUAAUAAUAAUAACAUUUAUUUAUUUAUUUAUUCAUUUAUUACUUGUUUUCAUUUAAGCAGAGGAAGGAGAAAGCGACACCUCCUUGCGCCGCCCCUCUUUCUCUUUCUAGCGUGGCAGCGGCGAAGAGCGAGAGAACGGAGAUGGGAGGCUGCACUGUUCAUUCCUAUCUCCUCCUCUUCCUUCUGUCACUCAUCCCACUCCUUUUCCUCUCUUCGAGCCAACAACAGCAGACGACUCCUUUCAAAGAUGUUAAUCUUGGAAACCCAAUCGUACACUUUGUUCCCAUGCCCCGUGCUGGAUAUUUGUGUGAGCGAGUUCACAUCACUGGCGUAUCAAGGUUAAGCCUCGGGAGCUAUGCUAAUUCUAGACGUGUUACAUUGAAAGUUUCAGAAGCACUUCCUGAAAGACUUCAUGGAAAAAUUGAGGUUUGCUUCCUCCGAAACGUUUCUAUUGGAUUGUGCCAAUGUGAGAUCGAUGAAUGGCAAACUCUUCAAAAGGGUCAAUGGAGUACUGUGAUAUCACCUUACGAGAACCGAUACGUUGAUGUUAAUUUUAAGGAUAAAACAUCUACUUCAUGCACUAUCUCCAUUGAGGAAGAGUUUCAACAAUGGCGUUUGGCUUUCCUUGGUUUUGGAUUUCUUCUGCUGCUUUCAGCACCAAUUAUAAGUAAUUGGGUGCCAUUCUACUAUAGCAGUUCAAUGGCUCUCGGGAUUCUGCUUGUUGUCUUGAUUAUUCUGUUUCAGGGGAUGAAGUUACUACCCAUGGGCAGGAAAAACAUCCUGUACCUAACAAUUUAUGGAUCUGUGGUUUCUCCCUCUAAUUAUAGGGCCUCAAUUUUCUUCUUUUACCAGCUUGGUGUCGGUUCCUAUAUUGCACACUAUUUCUCCACAGUGGUCAACUCCAUUCUUGUGAAUUUUGGGCUGAGUGAAGAGAUGCAUAACCCUGUUUCAGUUUUUCUAUUAGUUGGAAUUAUCUUAGCAGGAGCAGCUUUAGGAUACUGGAUUGUGCGGAAAUUUGUCCUUUCAGAAGAUGGCAAUGUAGAUGCUGAUAUAGCCCAAUUUGUGAAGUGGGCAAUGCGCAUUAUUUCUGUGGUAUUUGUUUUCCUGAGCACAUUGGACGCUCCUUUGGCAUUGGUUGUGUUGGUUAUUUCUUGGAGUAUCUGCUCUCUCAUCACUUCGAUAAGGUGGCGCCGUGCAUCAACAAUGAGGCAAACACGAUUGGUGAAAGGAAGUUUGUGGCAUCAAGGAGCUCGGCAAACAUUUGCUGGUAACAGACAUGCUGAAUUCUUGAGUCGUUCAGCUAAGAAUAAUAGAACUGUGUUAGCGAACUCUAGUCCAUAUUCUUGGUCCAGCUUGCCCUCAAAAGGACAUGUCUACUCAUCCCCCUACAAGAGAAUGCCACAACAAUAUGAGGACUACUACUCGACCUACCAUAGGAUGCCCACACGCAAGUUCUCUAAGAAAGAGUGGGAGGACUUCACACGUGAAUCGACUAGGGAAGCGUUGACUGAUUGGGCAUCAACCCCUGAAGUUGCCAAAUGGGUUGCUGAUAAUGCUCAGCACAUGCAGCUCAAUCCAGAUAGUAUCUCUGAUGACACUAUGGAGAGCUCCUCAGGCUCCUCGGAAGAAACUGCUUUGGAGAAUGGCAGCAUGCUUGACCUUUUCAGGUGGGGUUGAACUAAAGCCUGUCGUAGCAUUCCAUAUCUGCAACAUAAUGGAAUGGGGAUGGAUCUGGAUUAGCUACAUGUUCUUUUUUUUUCUUCUAAUCUUGAAGUAAAUAUAGGUUAGUAUCACUGUCUUCUGACAAGCUGGUCGCCAGUUGCCAAUUUUGUUCCCUCUGAUUUUUUCUGUCAAGGGCUGCACUGGUAAUCUUGCUUGAUAACAAAUAGGAUCAUGGCUAGGCUUUUGUACUGGCAUGACUACGUUGUUUGCUUUCUCCUAGUACAUCAUUAUACAGGAUUAGGGCUAGGUAUUGUAAUGACAACUAUUCUUGUUGCUUGUAUUGUAUGCUACCACUAAUAUUACAACUACUAGCAGAUAAUCAGAUCAUCAUGUUAACCACUAAUGGUAAACCUCA